AUGGUCUUCUUCGAACCACAUCUGAUGGGAAUCGAUCCUCUGGUGGAGAAGAACUUCCUGGGCGGAAUGCCUGAAGGCCUCGAUGAGGAAGAGGUGAAAGAAGUCCGGUCCAUGUCGGAUUGGCUAUUGAAGCCUUGUCUCAAGUUCCUCCGCGAGGAGUGUGCAGAGGUGUCACCCACGCAAGACCAGAAUCUGGUGCAGAGCUUCAUGACGUUGCUCAUGUCCCACAUGAAGGACUUCUUGAACUUGGACCUCUACAAGAAGUCCGAUGGCAGUGAGGCUACGGCGAAAAAGAAUAUCAUCACCAUGAUCGAUGCGGUGGUUGUUUUGAGCAUAAUUUGGUCUGUGGGCUGCGUGUUGCAGACCAACUCGCGGCCAGACUUCUCGACCUACCUCCGGCAGCUCUUGCAAAACAAAGUGGAAGGGAUCACCGCCUACAAGAAGCUGAGCCCCGAAUUCCCGGAACGUGGCUCGGUCUUUGACUGGAUCUUCAUGGCUGAGGAGCUGAAAUGGAUCGGCUGGAUGGAAACCGUGGAUCCUCAACAGAUCAAACCCGGCUCGGCGGUGGAGUCGAUCAUCGUACAGACCUUGGAUAGUGUUCGUUACGGCUAUUUCCUGCAGCAUUGCAUCAAGCACCGCAUCAAGUUGCUCUUCUGCGGCCCCACGGGCACUGGAAAGACAGCCUACAUGCAACAGAACUUGAUGAAUCUGUCCAAGGAGGGCUUCACUCAGAUCAUGAUGGGCUUUUCAGCUCAGACGAAAUGCGCCCAGACCCAGGACCUCAUCGACGCCAAGCUGGACCGGCGACGGAAGGGCGUCUAUGGCCCACCCUUCGGGAAGCUUUGCGUCUUGAUGGUGGACGACCUCAACAUGCCCAACAAGGAGACCUAUGGUGCUCAGCCGCCCAUUGAGAUCUUGCGGCAGAUGAUUGAUGCCAGGGCGUAUCCUGAAAGUGGUGGAUGGUUUGACCGGAAGGAUGUGACGCAUCCCUUCCGCUCCAUCAUCGACGUGCUGCUCUUCGCCGCUAUGGGCCCACCCGGCGGCGGACGGACCUUCAUUACGCCACGGAUGUGUGGCCAUCUCUACUUGGUCGGCUUUCCCCUGCUGGAUGAUGACAACAUGAAGAUGAUUUUCUCCACCAUCCUCGAUUGGAAGCUUCAAGCCGAUGGCUAUCCUGGCGAGGUGACAGGUCUCUCCAAGAAGAUCGUGGCAGGGACCCUGGAGAUCUACAAGAGUGCCGUGGCCUCGCUGCUGCCCACGCCACUGAAGGCCCAGGGCCUAACGUGUGGCGGUGUUGGCGGCGUGGAGGAGGGAGGCGACGUGCAUUACACCUUCAACCUGCGAGACUUUGCCAAGAUCAUCUUCGGUGUGCUGUUGCUGAAGAAACAGGAAUGUGAUGGCGUGGCGCGCCACGUGCGUCUUUGGGUGCACGAAAUUUGGCGCGUCAUCGGAGACCGCCUGGUGGUGAAUGAAGAUCGCCUUUGGAUGCUGGAGCAGGUGCGAGCGGUGACAAAGAACGUCUUCGGGCAAGGCUUCGAUGAGGUGUCGAAGGACGGGGAUGUCGAAGGUGAUGUGGGUCAGGUCACGACCUUGGAUGAGGUCAGGACGCUCAUCUUCGGCGAUGCUGGGCGAAAGCAGCGGGUGGAGUUGAUGUGUUCCAGGGCGUUUUACAGUCAACAUCCCUUGCCACUCUACUUGGUCCGCCGCCUCUGUGCCGCCCACCUCUUUGCGUGCCUCUUUCUGGAGCUUCGUCAGGCGAACAUUUGGACCCAAUUCACGACUUGGACCUUAGCACUCCACGUGCUCUUCUUCGGCCUCUGCGAGCGCGGGCAACCCUUCCUCACGCGCCUCUUGCAUGGCCCAAGCUUCGGUGGCUCUCAUGCCAUUUUGGUCAACUAUCUCUACGCAACCCUCGUCACUGGAGCCGUGGAGCCCACGAAGCCGGAGUCGAGUUCCGCGUGGGAUUGGAGUGGAUGGAUUCGAGUGGUGCCCUGCGUGCUUCAUUGGGUGGAUGGCAUUCUCAACUUCAAGGACCUUCAGAAAGCCUAUAGCCCACCGGUCACCGACUCCUCUGCCUGGGAUGCACGUUUGGGCAGAGCGAUGCUUUAUGCUGGCUCGCGAGUCAUCCUACGCGCGUGGGCCGCAGCUCUUGGCUAUUUGGCGCUGGCGGCGCUCUUCGCGGCUUUGUCCUCGGACCUGGACACGGCGAGGGCGGUGAGGGAGCUCAGCUUCUUCAAGUUCUUUGAGGUCACAGAUAUGAGGGAGGUUCUGUCUUUAGCCUCGACCAUCAUUUCCUACACCGUUUUCACGCAUCGGCUAUUUGUGAUGCCUGAUCCGCCGAAGAAGGUCUCAGAUGUGCCAGAGGACAGCAGCCUGCCGCAAAGUGCAGAUAUGCUGUCCCAGCCCGCAGCCCCGAACCGGCCCUAUACCGAGUGCCCAGACAUCCCGGAGCUACAACGACAGGUUGAGUCGCACUUGGAGCAGUACAACUUGAUGUCAACAAAGAAGAUGGACUUAGUAUGCUUCCUCUACAUGUUGGAGCACCUCUCACGGGUGGCGCGUGUUGUGAAGACUCCUGGGGGCAAUGCCUUGCUUGUGGGCGUGGGUGGCUCUGGGCGGCAAUCCUGCAGCCGAUUGGCGUGCUUCCUGGCAGAUUUCGACGUCUUCCAGAUUGAGAUUGCACGGGGCUACGACCAAGUGGCCUUCCGCGAAGACUUGAAGAAGCUUUUGACCGCUGCGGGUGGCAAGGGGGAGAAAACGGUCUUCCUCUUUUCGGAUUCCCAGAUCAAGAGCGAAGGCUUCGUCGAAGACUUGAACAACUUGCUGAACACCGGCGAGGUGCCGAACCUCUUCGCGCCGGACGAGCGGGUGCAGGUCUGUGAGAUGGUGCGCGCGGCCGCGCGCCAGGAGGGCAAGGCCCCGGAGGGCACUCCAAAUCAACUCUACGCCUACUUUGUGGAGCGCUGCCAGAAGUUGUUGGCCAUCGUCCUGUGCUUCUCGCCCAUUGGAGACGCCUGGCGCGCACGCAUCCGACAGUUCCCAUCUCUGGUGAACUGCUGCACCAUCGACUGGUACACCGAGUGGCCGGCGGAUGCCCUGGUCGCGGUGGCCGAGCGGUUCUUGGGUCAGGUGGAGAUGGAAGAGAAUGUGCGGACGAGCUGUGUGGAGAUGUGUUCCAUUUUCCAUUCGCAGACCACCGAGUUGGCUGUGGAGUUCAAGAACAGCUUGAAGCGCAUCUACUACGCCACGCCCACCUCCUUCUUGGAGCUGAUCCAAACUUUCAAGACCCUUCUGGGUGGCAAACGAAAGCAAGUCACAGACCUGAAGGAUAAGUAUGAGAAGGGCUUGGAUAAAAUCCUCACCACCGAGCAGUCCGUGGAGGGAAUGAAGGUGGAACUCAUCAACCUGCAGCCCAAGCUGAUUGCGAAGAAUGAGGAGGUGGAGAAGAUGAUGGUCGUCGUCGGAGAGGAGUCCGCCAAGACGGCCAAGGUGAAGGAAGCAGUGGCAGCAGAUGAGGCCGUCGCUGCCGAGGCAGCUGCCAAGUCUGAGGCACAGAAGGCAGAGGUGGAAGCUGAUUUGGCAGAGGCCAUGCCGGCGUUGAUGGAAGCGCUGAGCGCCUUGGACACGCUGUCGGCCAAAGACAUUGGAGAGAUCAAGGCGAUGAAGAAUCCACCGGGACCCGUGAAGCUGGUCCUGCAGGCCGUGUGCAUUAUGAAGGGAAUCAAACCCAACCGCGUGAAGGAUGAGUCCGGGAAGAUGGCGGAGGACUUCUGGGGCCCCUCAGUGAAGAUGGUUGGAGAGUCAGACUUCCUCCGCUCCUUGCAGAGCUUCGACAAGGUUGGCAUUUUCCCAGACCGAAGCCAAACCGAUUUGAUCUCCGACUUCGGCCUCUCCAAGGGGGACAACAUACCCGCGGCCACGAUCAAGAAGAUCCAAACCUUCAUGCCCUUGGACGACUUCCAACCCGCGCGCGUCGCAUGGAGUGGAGAUGAGAGGGCGAUGGCUCAAGGAGCUUGUCGUGGCUCAAGGGGCCUUCAGGUGAAGACGUGCAGCAGGGCGGCCUGGGGCAUUUGCAUGUGGGUGCGUGCCAUGGAGACCUAUGACCGAGUGGCCAAGGUCGUCGGCCUCUCGGAGCAAAAGACGACCGGGGCGAAUUCGACGACGACGGGUCGGCGAGGACCCAAGAAGGAGGCCCUAGCCAUUGCCAUGGCCGAGUAUGCGGAGGUCAUGGAGAAGCUCAAUGAGAAGCGCGCGGAGCUCCAGAAGGUGUUGGACCAACUGGCCGAGCUGGAAGCACAGUUGAAUAGCCUCAAAGCUGAGAAGGACGACCUGGCGUAUCAAGUCGACCUUUGCAAGACGCUUGAGACCAGCGAAGACCAGACUGAGCGACGGAAGAAGUUGGACCGCGCAGAGACCCUGAUCGAAUCCCUGGGUGGCGAGAAGUCUCGUUGGACACAGAACGCCAAGGACCUGGCAGUGGACUAUGUGAACUUGACAGGUGAUGUCAUCGUUUGCAGCGGUUUGAUCGCCUAUUUGGGCGCCUUCACACCGGACUUCCGGGAACGAACAGUGAAAGCUUGGACGGAGCUGUCCUUGGAGAAGUGCAUCCCUGGAAAGGAGAAGGUGAGUUUGGAGGACUGCUUGGGUGAACCAGUGAAGAUCCGCAACUGGACGAUUUGCGGCUUGCCCAACGACGCCUUCUCCAUCGAGAAUGGCAUUAUCGUGGACAAGAGCCGCCGUUGGCCGCUUUGUAUCGAUCCUCAGGGUCAGGCGAACAAAUGGAUCAAGAAGAUGGAAGAGCCCGCCAAGUUGGCCGUGAAGAAGUUCACCGACAGCGACUACAUCCGUCGACUGGAGGGGUGCAUUACCUAUGGCAAUCCCAUGUUGAUCGAGAACAUCUUGGAGGAGACCGAUCCAGCCAUAGAGCCAGUGCUCCUGAAGCAGACCUACCGGCAAGGAAAUCGGGUGAUGUUGAAGCUGGGGGAGUCGGUCUUGGAGUACAACAAGGACUUCAAGUUCUACUUGACCACAAAGCUGCGGAACCCGCACUACCUGCCGGAGAUCGCGGUCAAGGUGACCUUGCUGAACUUCAUGAUCACCGUGGUGGGCCUUCAAGACCAGUUGUUGAACAUCGUGGUACAAGCUGAACGCCCGGAGCUCGCCGAGGACAAGGCACGGCUGGUCAUCGAGGGUGCGGAAAACAAGGCUCAGCUUGAAGAGACCGAGAACAAGAUCCUGCAUGUGUUGCAGACUUCGCAAGGCAACAUCCUAGAGGACGAGACGGCCAUCAACGUGCUGAGCUCCAGCAAAGCGCUCUCCAACAAGAUCGCAGCCAAGCAGGAAAUUGCUGAGCAGACGGAGAAGCAGAUCGAUGAGGCGCGCUUGGGCCUCUUGGCGCACCAAGCGUCGGGCUACGUGCCGGUGGCCUUCAAGACGGCGAUCCUGUUCUUUUGCAUCUCUGACUUGGCCAACAUCGACCCCAUGUAUCAGUACAGUUUGCCCUUCUUCGUGAGCCUUUUCCUCUCUUCCAUUGAGAAGGCGGAACAGAGCGAGGACUUGGAGAAACGCAUUGAGAAUCUGAAUGAUACGUUCCGAUACACGCUCUACUGCAAUAUUUGCCGAAGUCUCUUCGAGAAGCACAAGACGCUCUUCUCCUUCCUGUUGUGCAUGCGCCUGUUGUUGUCCAGUGAAGAGGCGGACUACGACGAUUACCGCUUCCUCCUCACGGGCGGCGUCUCGCUGGAAGAUCCCCCCGCGCGGCCGGCGGACUGGGUUCCGGACCGGUGCUGGGGCGAGCUCUUCCGCUUGGCCAAGUCCAAGGAGUUCUAUCAGGGCUUCCACGAGAAGUUCGCAUCGGAACUGCCGAGGUGGAAAAUGGUCUACGACGAUGUGAACCCCAUGAAGCUGCUGAAGGAGCCGGAGACUCGACCCGGCUCCAUGGCAGAGUUCAACGAUUUCCAGGAUUUGAUGAUCUUGCGUUGCAUCCGGCCCGACCGCGUCGUGCCUGCCGUGCUGGAGUUCGUGGCAGGGAAGCUGGGAGAGAAGUUUGUGAACCCACCACCCUUCGAUCUGGCGGGCUCCUAUGCUGAUUCCAACGCCAUGUCACCGCUGAUUUUCAUCCUUUCCCCCGGUGCUGACCCGGGCUCCAAUCUCUACCGCUUCGCUGCGGAGAAGGGCCGAGAGGUGGCGAGCAUCUCCUUGGGCCAGGGACAAGGCCCAAAGGCUGAACGGCUCAUGGACAUCGCCACCAAGGACCGGGUCUUCGACCCAUGGACCUGUGACCGAUAUGGAUGGGACGGUGGUUGGGUGCUCCUGCAGAAUUGCCAUUUGGCCACGAGCUGGAUGCCACGCUUGGAACGACUGUUGGACGAGAAGGAUCCCAAGAAGGUGCAUAAGGACUUCCGUCUUUGGCUCACCUCAUAUCCAUCCAACAAGUUCCCAGUCGCGAUUCUGCAGAAUGGAGUGAAGAUGACCAACGAAGCGCCAAAGGGCUUGCGUGCCAACAUGACGGGCUCCUACAACAUGGACCCUAUCAGCAAUGAGGAGUUCUUCAACGCGUGCACCUGCGAUCAUCAGUUUAAGCGGCUGUGCUUCAACCUGUGCUUCUUCCAUGCGGUCAUUCAGGAGCGUCGUCUCUUCGGACCCUUGGGCUGGAACAUCGCCUACGAGUUCACGGAGAACGAUUUGCGCAUCUCAGUGCGGCAGCUUCAGAUGUUCCUGGACGAGUAUCCCAAUGAAGCACCCAUCAAGGCUCAUGGUCCCGAGCCGAAUCCGUCGCGAGCGAGCUGGGAGAAUCCGCCAGCGCUGAACUACUUGACGGGCGAGUGCAACUACGGCGGCCGCGUGACCGAAGCCAUGGAUCGACGACUGUUGGCCACCUUGCUGAAGAGCUACUACUGCGAGGAAGCCCUGAACGAUGACUUCGUGCUCUACCAGGAGACGAAUGGACCCACUUAUGUGCCACCACCCAAGGGUGGCUAUGAGGAACAUUUGGACCACAUCCGUAGCCUGCCCUUGGUGACGCCUCCGGGCGUCUUUGGCUUCCAUGAGAAUGCCAACCUCACCAAGGAAAUGGGUGAGACCUACAACAUGAUGAUGGAACUGCUGCUGACGGCUGGUUCCUCCAGCUCUUCUGGUGGCUCCUCCCCUGACAUCGUGGUGGGCGAGAUUGCAAAGGACGUGCUGAGCCGUCUGCCGGAGCCUUGGGAUGUGGCCAAGGUCCAGGAGAUUUAUCCGACCCUCUACGCGGAGAGCAUGAACACCGUGCUGGCACAGGAGCUGAAACGCUUCAACGGUCUUCUGAAGGCCAUUCAGGGCUCGCUGAAGGAUAUCCAGAAGGCGGUCAAAGGUUUGCUGCUCAUGAGCGCCAACCUGGAGACGGCCUUCUUCGAGAUUUUCGACGGGAAGACGCCGGCCAUGUGGCUGAAGCACUCCUAUCCCUCCCUGCCGCUGGGACAUGCGCAGCGGGCAAUGAAGCCCUUGGGUGGCUACAUCAACGACCUGGUCGAGCGGCUCAAGUUCUUCCAGAAAUGGGUGGACAACGGAGCGCCGGUGAUGUUCUGGUUCAGUGGAAUCUAUUUCACUCAAGCCUUCACCACUGGCGCUUCGCAGAACUUUGCGUGUCUUGGAUACCCUGGCAGAGGACUGGGAAGAACACGUCGUCGUCACGUGACGAGUGUCCUGUGUCUUUAUAACAUGGUUCCCACUGGCCGUAUUGAAGCUUUUGCCUCCAUGAUGUGUGAAGAACCGUUUGCAUUUUUUCUGUGCGACCCACGCGACCCAAGAGUGUUUUGGUGUCAAAACUGCCAAGCCAAAUGUGCCGGCCGCAUGCUUGAGAUUGAUUGA